AUGGAGAUGUCGGUCUUUUGCAAUAGGAAUGUGCAGAACCAGCCGAAGCUCAUGGUGAUGUAUUGUGGCGGAUCGAAGUCAUUUGCACAGCAUCAAUAUGAGCUGGGCGAAGUAUGGAUUGGGCAGCAGCGCUUGCGUUUCUUCUCCUUCAGCUGGCAAGCCCCCCCGGCCACAGCCACACCAGAUGCCUUACCCGGCUGCCAACCCAAGUGCGGGGAUGUCACCAUUCCCUACCCCUUCGGCAUCGGUCAGGGCUGCUUCAUGGAAGGCUUCCACGUCACAUGCAACGAUUCCGUACCCUACGUCGGCAACGUCACGGUUGUAAAGAUCGAUCUCACCGAGGGCCAGUUGGUCAUCAACCAACACAAGGCCUUCGACUGCUACAGUAAGGAUGGGAACAACACCGGCCGCAACAACCCAUUCAUCAGACUAGUCGACCUGCCGUACGAGUUCUCUGAUCGGAACAAGUUCAUGGCAGUUGGGUGCGAUACUCUAGCAUUUCUUAUGGACGAUGAGUCGGGGCUGCAGACCGGGUGCUUCUCUUUCUGCAACCACACCAGCAGCAUCCCCACCGGGACAUGUGCCGGCAUCGGCUGCUGCCAAACGCCGAUUCCCAAGGGCCUCGUGGGCUUCAACAUCACUUUGGUUAGCAUCGACAACCACACCCACUGCUGGGAUUUCAAUCCUUGCAGCUAUGGCUUCUUGGCCGACGAGGGAUGGCUCAACUUCAGUGUCUCUAGCUUCUCGGACCUCAGCAACAGGACGUACGUCCCAGUGACGCUGGACUGGGCGAUAGGGAACCAGACCUGCGAGGAGGCGAGAACGAACAACACGGCGUUCGCGUGCCAAGCCAGCCACAGCCGCUGCUCGAACGCUGCAAAUGGGGCGGGAUACCUAUGCAAUUGCUUGGAUGGGUUUGAAGGCAAUCCUUACAUAGAAGGUGGAUGCCGAGACAUUGAUGAGUGUAAGAUUGGUUCUCCCUGCGUGAGUGCAUGCAAGAACACGCCUGGAAACUAUACCUGCUCCUGCCCCUGGGACAAAUAUGGUGAUGGCAGAAAAAAUGGAAGCGGAUGCAAAUCCAUAUGGAAGAUCGUUUAUUUGGCUCUAGGUGGAGGCUUCGGUCUUGUGUUUCUGAUCAUUCUUUGUUCUUGGUUAUACUGGAUCAACAAGAAGAAAAGACUCAUCGAGCUCAAGGAGAAGUUUUUCCGAAAAAAUGGAGGUCUUCUGUUCCAACAGCAAAUCUCAUUGCUCGAGGGCGGUGCUCGAGCGACAAGGAUGUUCACAAUGGAGGAGCUCGAAAUGGCUACCGAUAACUAUAAGGAAAGCCAUAUUCUUGGCCAAGGAGGUGCUGGGACAGUAUAUAAAGGAAUUCUACCGGAUCAAACAGUUGUUGCUAUUAAGAAAUCAAAGAUCAUGAAUGACGAUGACAUUGAGCAAUUUAUAAAUGAGGUGGUUGUUCUUUCCCAUAUCAACCAUAGGGAUGUGGUGAAACUUCUAGGAUGUUGUCUGGAGACUAGAGUUCCCUUGCUAGUUUAUGAAUUCGUGCCCAAUGGAACCCUUUCCCAUCAUAUUCAUGGUGAAGGUCGCAAGGCCUCCUUGUCUUUGGAGUUACGUUUGAGGAUUGCUGCAGAAAUUGCAGGAGCAUUGGCUUACCUACACUCGGCAGCCUCCAUACCAAUCAUUCAUAGAGAUGUCAAGUCCAGCAACAUUCUCUUGGAUGACAAUUACACUGCUAAAAUUUCUGAUUUUGGUGUUUCAAGGUUGGUUCCAUUCGACCAAAAAGGUCUUACAUCAUUGGUACGAGGGACUUUUGGUUACUUGGAUCCAGAGUACUUCCAAACUGCCCAGUUCACCGACAAGAGCGAUGUCUAUAGCUUUGGAGUGAUUCUUGUGGAGCUCCUAACAGGUGAGAAGCCCGUGGCUUCGACAAGGCUGGUGGAAUGCAGGAAUCUAGCUAUGCAUUUCAAAUCAUGCUUGAAGGAUGGCCGCCUUUUCUCUAUGUUGGAGGACCGCGUGGUCGAUGAAGGAUCGCAAGAGCUGGUCGCUACAAUUGCAGAGCUUGCCAAGCGUUGCCUCAGCUUGACGGGAGAAGAGAGGCCCACUAUGAAAGAAGUUGCAAUGGAGCUAGAGGGGUUGCGAAGAUUUCACCAGCACCCAUAUAUCAAAGAGAAUGAAGAGGAGGGAGAGCAUGUCCUGAAGGGAACUGAAUGUUCGGCUGUGAGUGGUAUGCUUGGUGAGGAGGAUUCUUCGGUGCAUGCUAUGCAGCCAUUCAACAUUAUGCGUUGAUUUUAUUUUAUAGUUUAAGUGCGUCCAGGGGCUUGAUGAAUUGCCAGUUCUCCAGGUCCUUCGUUCAGUUUCCAAGUCAGCAGGUUUUCUGGAUCUAUCUUGUAACGUAUA